AUUUUUCGCGGACUUUGCAGGCACACAAACAAACACCGCAAAGUCAAGAUUUCUGGUGUAGAAGGGUUGGCCUAGGCCCAUGUUUACCACAAUUAGUAAGAUAGUGAUGAGUUAAAAAGGAUCAUCAAUAUUCAAAUAUUAUCAGUAGUUGACGAUGAAUAUUGUCAUGGAUCUGGGAGCUGAAAAGGAUUUAUUCAAAAGCCCAAGGCCGACACCUAAAUUUCUAUCUCAACGAGCCGUGUUUUCUCACAAGAAGGAUGUAGGAAGAACACCUCGUGAUGCGCCACCACCUCGGCCUCCUCUCAAAAGUGUACCACCUGUCAGCAGACUGUUUCCUAGCAAGACCAAAAAUGAGUGCCUACGAGCCCACAGCGUUUCUUUCAUAGAUGCUAAUAACUCAAAGCUUCAAAGUCCGAUUUAUGAUGCCAGUUCAAAUGGACUCUUUUUUGAUCAGUGUUUUGAAAUUCAGCGCAAACUAGGAGAAGGCUCUUUUGGAGAGGUUUUUCAAGUUAAAAGUAAAGAAGAUGGGAAAAUAUAUGCAGUGAAACGAUCGAGAGAUCGUUUCCGGGGAGAAGCAGAUAAGAGGAGGAAGUUAGCAGAGGUGCAAAAAUUGGAGGCUUUGUCAAGGCAUCCUAACUGUGUUGAGUUUCAUCAGGCAUGGGCAGAGAAAGGUCAUCUUUACAUUCAGACAGAAAUCUGUCAAACAAGUUUAGAGCAUUUUACAGACACAAACCAUGACAUCACAGAAGACAAGGCAUGGGAAAUACUGAUUGAUUUACUUCAGGGAGUGAAAAACUUGCACGAACACAACCUGCUCCACAUGGACAUCAAGCCUGAUAACAUAUUCCUAUCCUAUGAUGGUGUCUGCAAGUUGGGUGAUUUUGGUCUUGCAUUAGACUAUAAUAAGGGUGAUCUUUCUGAUGCCCAGGAAGGAGAUCCUAAGUACUUGGCCCCAGAACUAUUGCAAGGAAAGUUUGGCAAGGAAGCUGACAUAUUCAGUCUUGGAAUAACAAUGCUGGAAUUGGCAUGUGACUUAGACCUACCUCGGAAUGGUGAACUUUGGCACGAACUCCGAAGCGGAAAAAUUCCCGACGAAAUAACAGAAGGUGUUUCACCCGACUUGAAGGAGAUUGUAGAGGAAAUGAUGAACCCUGACCCACAACUAAGACCUAAUGUUUAUGAACUUCUUCAGAGACCAGCCAUUCAAACAGCAUGGAGGAGACGACGUAGGAUGCUUGUUAUCACAAAUUGGAUUUCAAAAGUCCAGCUCUUUUUUUCAUUCUUACAUUCGUUAUUGAUAUUCAUAUGGUUUCUAACACUUGGUAGAGUCAUCCAUAAAAAGACCUCAAUUACACCAGAGAAACAAGAAGUCAAACAGCAGUACAAAAAAGAUUGGGAUUUAAGUUUCAGUGAUGAUGAAUGUUUCAAUAACAGCAGCUCUUUAGGGCACUUUUUGAAUGACAGUUCAUUCUCGAGUGAAGAGGACCAAUCAAAAGUUUACAAUUUUUCUACAUCAAAUUUUUUAUCUCUUUACUCUCGGACACCUAUAAAAGCUAGGACUCCGAGGGCAGCAAGCGUGACUCCCAAUCCUAGAAACUCCUCGCCGAAGUGUAAUCUUUUUGGCCCCAAUGGACGGUAAAUAUGAUUUAAUGUUAACUUUCUUUUACAAU